AUGGUUUAGGAGACAGGAGCAGGUAGGGCUGACUCCACAGGUGAUCCAGAGACAGGCAGAGAUGUGGAAGAUCUGACAAAAAGCUUGGAGGAACUCUGUGAGAGCUCUAAGGAGCAGAGUGAGGAGGUGCUACUGCUUUCACACCUAGAACAGCAUCAUCAUCUUUUCUCUAUACUGAAGAAGAAAGUGGAUGACACACACAAACACUGCAGAGACCUGGAGCAGCUCAACGUGAAGCUGGAGAAACUGAGGGUAGAGGAUGCUGUGAAAAUUAAAACCCAGACCCAGCGUAUUCAGUAUUUGGAGGGGCACUUCAUGGAUCUGGUCAAAAACUAUGAAAAGAUGACCCAGUUCAAAAAAGAACACAGAAAACAGCACCUGCAGCUGUGGGAGGAAAAGAAGCACCUGCGGCAGGACAGGGAAGCGCUCUUCAGCCAGGCUGUGAGGGAGAAGGAAGCUGAGGUGCUCCGGCUGGUGGCCCAGGCCAGGAAGCUCUCACAGCAGUUAUGCGCCUUGCAGGAGAAAUAUGCUUCUGAGAGUCAGAGAGCCCAGGAGCGAGAGAAGGAGCUGCUGGAAGCUCAGAGCCAGCUAGCAGAUGCCUACACCCAGGAGGUGGAUUCACUGGAGAAGCAGCUGCAGCUCCUACAGGAGAGGUACUAACAAGCUGCUCCAAGGACCGAGCAGGCAGAGAGCCAGCAGAAGGCCCAGGGCAGUGAGCUUCAGGCCAAGCUGGAAAGGACACAUGAAGAGAAAGAGCACUUGGCCAUGGAGAGGAGCAAAGCUCUGCAAGAUAAGGAGUGGGAGAUUCAGAAGCUGGAGGAGAAGCUAGAGACUGUGAAGGAAGCCAUGCAGAGAGCAGGAAGGUGCCUCAAGAAAGAGGCAGCAGCCGACAAAGAUCUGAAGGUUCAAGAUCUCCAAGGACAGCUAGAACGCAGCAAACAGGCAUACAAUGAACUCCUGCUGCGGUUUGAUGCUUACAGAAAGCACAGCAUGGAUUUGCUGACUAAAGAGAGAGCUCUGAACAUCAAACUCCGUCACUUUGUUGCAUAACUGCAGUUUUUUCUCUGUUCUCCUCGCAACAGGUGCCUCUGUGGUAACACACACCUGAAUUUUGUUCCUCUCCAUGGGACCCUCCUCUGGCUUCGUUAUACUGUCCUCACCAGCUGAAACCCUCCUCCACUGACAGUUCUGUAGCCUUUGUCAUUAUGCCUUUAUGAAAGUAAAUCACUACACUCUUAAA